CAAGUCGGGUCAAUUUUUCCGUACACAAAACAAAACACCGAGACUCCAAUUUUCGACCUGCAAAAUGGAAGAGACCGAAGUUCUGGAAAAUCAAAAUGUGCCACAAACAGACAAGAUGAAACCAGCAAGUGCACACUGUGAACACAACGAGCUGUACAUCUUGGAUUACUCACAUUCUACAGAUGCCAAGGAAUCACUUGGCCAAAUAAGUCUUGAGCAAAAGAAUAUCAAUGCGGUCAGGAAUCUCAAGAAACAGCAAUCACAUGUGCACGUUUUGGGAGAAAGUCGAGCACAGCUAAAACAACCGGAAAAUACAGACGAAAAUACGAAACCCGCAGAAACUGAACAGAAGAUGGACAUUUCCACAAACGAGCAAGAAAAUAAGGAUAUUGUUUUAACUAAUUCUUCAGAAUCAAAGGAACAGUGCCAAGAAGAUAGAACGUUGACCAUGGAGAACGCCCGAAAAUCAUACCAGUUAAUUGCAGAAGAAUCGUUUCCUAGCCCCAAAGAAGCAAGGAUGAAGGAAGAACUUCAAGAGUCCAAGGAACCAGACACCCACACGAAAUCCGAACAGGUGAGAAUCGAUGAACUGGAUCAAAUGGCGGCAAGUACUUCAUCAGCAACUCAGGAGCCGAAAAUGGAAAAGCCAAACGAAAUAACGCCUGGUAAAGGUGACAAUAUUGACCCCAGGGAUAAGAUCAGGGAGGAGAUUGAAGAGUAUUUUAGAGGCAUUCAGGCGCUGGAGGUCAAGACACUAGGCGCCGAGCUGAAUGCUAGGGAAGCUGAGACAAUUUUAAGAGCGGAGCAGCAAAGGAAAACCUGGAAGGGAAUGCUGCUAGCGAUGACCCUAUCCAGCUCUGCCAGCUCUUCAGGAAAGCCACCUAAAACCGCCGCACAAGCCAUUCUGCAGCGCACAGCCAAGGCGGAGUUCAAAAGGAAAAUGUACGUCCUUAAAGAAAACUACAACUAUCGAUUGGAGCUGAUAAAGCAGCUGAAAAACGACUUGAAAAACAACUACAAAAGCGAGGCCCAGCAACUGCAUAUCGACUACCACUCCAUCAAGAACCAGACUCCAAACAGCUCCACUUCAAACGAGAUGCCUACACCCAACACUGAACAAGAAGAGGUUUCGGCAAUAGAAAUAAGUGGAUCCACCCGCCAAACAUAGGAUACUUUCACACCAUCAGUUACUAGAUAGUUGCUACAUCUAGAGCUAAAACCUAGCUGAAGACACCAAGUUUAUAGGACGCACCUCCAUUCUUGCAUUAUCCACUAAAAUUUUUGCAAGUCGAACUGCUGCCACAUUAUGCUCACAGUACUCAGUACGAACACACUACUCCAUUUUCAAUAAUAUCCACAAGUCAGGCUGGAAAAUAGACGGUUUCAGGAACUAGUGGAUGUAACCUAGAACCAUUGCCCCAAAAUCCAAGGCGGGAGGCAAUGGGACUGUACCUCUUGCAUUCAUUGUGUGCACUUGCUUCUUUGCAUCUUGAAGAAGUGCAUCCGUAUCUGUAUCUCAUUUGCUGAGUUUCGACGGUACAGUCAUCACUCUGAACGCCCCGCAGUAUGCAACAGUAUUUUUUGCUUUGUACAUCCCACGAACCUUAAAUUUGCGCCACUUCUGUUUUGCAUGUCGAAAUAAAAGCAAAGACAAUGAGAAUUGACCCAAA